CCAGCUGUCUCACUCACUCAAACUGUUUCCUGCCUUUACAGUCCCUCACUCACUCACCCCUCUGCUCUAACCACUAACUAUUGGAUCACUCUUUGGAAAUUACCUGCACAAAGAAUAGCUGAAAAGGGAAAUAUCAAUCAAGAGUUGGAAUGGUUCGGAGGCCUCCGUCGUGACAGGUUGCUCAUCACACAUGAAAGGAAUGACUCUGAAUCAAAACUGGUGAAGAAAGCCUUUUCCAUACAUCCACAUACCAGAUUUAAUUUCUUCAUUGACUGGACUAGCAACCAGUAGGAAUAAGUGGGUAGCACUGCAGGACGAGGGUGAGAGCUCCCACACUACACCAUGGCCCAAUAUGACCAACUGGAAGAUAAACAUUCUGUGGAUAUCCACGAUAACCCCACAGCCCCUGAAAAUAUUGUGAAAGAGGAAGACAAUACUGUAUACUUUAUUUAUGAGGAGGAGGUGGAAGUGGAGGAGAAGGAGCCUGAGCCUGAGCCAGUUGUUAUAUUGGUGAAUGACAAACCACACAAGUUCAAGGAUCACUACUGCAAGACACCCAAGUUCUGUGACGUCUGUGCUCGUAUGAUAGUCCUCAACAACAAGUUUGCUUUACGGUGCAAAAACUGCAAGACCAACAUCCACCACUCGUGCCAGUCCUAUGUUGAGUAUCAGAAGUGCUUUGGCAAAAUUCCCCCAGGUUUCAGACGGGCCUACAGCUCCCCUCUGUACAGCAGUGACCAGCCAGAUGCAGCCCACUCCAACCGUAACGACCCUGUGUUUGACACCCUGCGGGUUGGGGUCGUCAUGGCAAACAAGGAGCGCAAGAAGGGGUCUGAGGACAAGAAGAAUAUGAUGAUGAUGAUGAUGGAGGAAGAGGAAUCCCAACAACCCAAAGCAGACGAGCAGGCAGAAGGAAAGCCAGAGGGGGAUAAGAAAGGAGACAAGGCUGACAAAGCAGAUGACAAGAAAAAGAAGGAGAUGGGAAACAUUGGAAAUCAGUCACAUUACUACCUGGCUCUGUACCGCUUCAAGGCCAUUGAGAAAGACGACCUUGACUUCCAUCCUGGUGAUCGAAUCACUAUAAUUGAUGAUGCCAAUGAGGAAUGGUGGAGGGGGAAGAUUGGGGAGAAGACAGGUUACCUCCCCACCAAUUACAUCAUUAGAAUAAAAACGGGAGAGAGGGUGUACAAGGUGACACGCUCUGUCGUGGGAAACAGAGAGAUGGGACAGAUAACACUGAAAAAAGACCAGAUCGUGGUGAAGAAGGGAGAGGAGGUGAAUGGCUACCUGAAGGUCAGCACCGGCCGCAAGCUGGGUUUCUUCCCUGCCGACCUGCUCCAGGAGAUCUGAGCCUGACCAGAUCACAACCACAACCACAGGUCUGGAGUCACACCGUCACCAGGACCAUAACCACACAUCACCGAACCCAAGACCUGAACACAUGAUCAUCUUACACAACAUUUACACUAACACUUGUAUUUUCCACCUGUAGGGGCCUAUAGAGCUGAUCUGGUGAAUGUGUAAGCAGUUUGAGGGCUGUGAAGGCUUAGAGGGGAAGGGUGUUGAGUGUAACUCAAUACUGCAGCCUACCCACCCUGGUGAACUGGGUCAGCUGUCCAUGCAAUCCGAGCUGGACAGAAACAUGUGAUGUAGGACCAGGAGUGUGGACACUUAAAAAGUUAACAUGUUUGUGUCAUUUUAAUGUGAUCAAAACUGGACAACCUGAAACUACAUCUUCAGCAACAUGAAACCAAAAAAAGUUUCUAAACCCAAUGGCUGUAACUACUAACUGUAUCUACUAAGUAACUAGGAUUUUGACAUUAUUUUUGUUAUGCAAACUAAAUUAUCUUGGAGUCUAAUGUAUUGCUUACUCUUAUUGUAGUAGUUCCUUUUUAUAAAUAGUCAGCUGAAAUACUAUUGCUUCAUUUCCCCCUUGAUGCAAUUUGUUUUGCUUGGGUCAGUCUUUUAUCAUCGUUAGCAAAACAGUGUGCUAUGUAUUUGUUGUAUUUAUGUAGUAGACUAUUUAAGCUUUUGCCAUACAAAUGUAGGCCUAUCAUUGGUGCAAGAUUGUAACAUUACGCUACAGUCAUUUGUUAAUAAUCUACUAUUGAAAUACUAACAGUGGAGUGCAGGCUUUUCCCAUUCAUUGUCUUUCUUGAUAUGCAUCCUUUCAAAAGCUGUACAACGCUGUGAUACCAUCAUAGUAAACUUCGAUGACUGAUCAUUGUGGAAACAUGAAAUCAAUUCACAAUUCGAAAUAAAGUCCUUUAUUUUUG